AUGGACAAAGAAGCAGCUUGGGGUGUGACUCAGAAGAACGCACUGGUGCACCUGAAUGAGCUACGACCAGGCCUGCAGUAUGAUAUCACAUCAAAGACUGGCCCGCUGCACGCACCGGUGUUUUCUGUAGCCGUGGAAGUAAACGGCUUCCACUUCGAGGGCCGAGGACCAACUAAAAAACAGGCCAAGAUGAGGGCUGCAGAGCAGGCUCUCCAGUCAUUCAUUCAGUUCCCAAACGCCUCACAGGCUCAAGCCACCAUGGGGAACUUCACCAGCACACCUGUGGACUUCACAGCAGAUAAAGUGGAUAUUCCCAACGGAUUUUUCAAAGAGUUUGAGCCGUCGGUGCUUCGGAACUGUGAUCUACUCCACUGCAACGCAGCAAAAAAGGAGGUCUUCUCCAGCAUUUACAACCACAGAAGACUUGUUCGUCUAACACUGGACUUGGUGUCCUCUACAAAUCCAAAAAGACGAGCAGUCACCACCUCACUGUUAGAGGACCUCAGUCCAGUAGCACUGCUCAAUGAGCUGCGACCGGGGCUCAGGUACAUGUGCCUGACUGAGAGAGUUCCUGGCAGGCCGAUGAAGACUUUUGUUAUGGUGGUCAGGUUGGAGGGGCGGGUGUUUGAAGGGUGUGCCCCCAGUAAAAGACUGGCCAAGGCCAAAGCAGCAGCAACUGCCCUACAGUCUCUUUACAACAUAAGUCUGGGACCAGAGAGGACCUUCAUGGGCCUGCAGGACAGCAGGGCCAAAAAUCAGCUACCUCAGUUCUUUUCAGAGUCAAUCUUCCACUUGGUGAGAGAGAAAUACACAGCGCUCGCAGACAGCUGUUCCUCUACCUCGCACGCCCGACACAAGGUGCUGGCAGGGAUCGUGAUGACCAGAGGACUCGAUCUUCGAUCAGCACAGGUUGUGUCUCUGGCCACAGGGACGAAGUGCUUGGACUUGGGUGGUGUGAGCGACUGUGGCUGUACGCUCACCGACUGCCACGCUGAAGUCGUGAGUCGACGGGCGCUGGUUCGAUUCCUGUACAGUCAGCUGGAGCUGCUCCUCUGCAAGCCAGUGGACAGCGAGGAUCAAUCGAUCUUUAUACCAAAUAAAAGCUGCGGUGACGGCUUCCGGCUGCGGGAGGGCGUCCACUUCCACAUGUACGUCAGCUCGUCGCCGUGUGGAGACGCUCGACUCAACUGCCCCUACGAGACCACAGCUGCAUGUGAGAGGAGCACAUUUAGAUUCAGGAGAUUUCGCUGCCACCUCAGGGUGAAGGUAAAGGGAGGUGAGGGGACGCUGCCCAUCACGGCACGGAGAGCCAAUCAGAAAUGGGAUGGCUUGUCACCGAGCAAACCUCUCGUUACCAUGUCAUGUACAGACAAACUGGCAAAGUGGAGCGUUGUGGGCCUCCAAGGGGCUCUCCUGUCUCACCUGGUGGAGCCGGUUUACCUCCAGAGCCUAACAGUGGGCACGCUCAGCCACACGGGUCACCUGGGUAGAGCUAUGGCACGCCGCCUCGCGCCCAUCAAACACCUCCCCUUCCCCUACAGACGACAGCAGCUGCUGCUCGGCUGUUUGAGCAGCAGGGACGCCCGGCCAGCAGGGAAGCCUCCCAACGUCAGCGUGAACUGGAGCUGCGGUGACGGAGGCUGGGAGGAAAUCAGCACCUCCACAGGGAGGAGGAAGGACUCAGGGACGCCAUCGCGGCUCUGCAGGCGCUCGCUGUUUGCCCGCUGGCUGAGGCUGCAGCAGCAGGUGAGACAAUCGCAGAGCUGA